ACUGAACGCGGACACGCGGAACGGCCAAUUGGCGUCGACUUUGCGCGGGCACGCGAAACGCGCACGCGCAGCAAGAGCCUACGGUAAAGCCGGCAUGGUAGUGCGCUAAAUAGUAUGCGCACAUGGUUUCUAGCAUAGAAGUAUUUAUUUUUAUUUAUUUAUUUAUUUGUUUUUGUUAAAGUGUGUACCUAACAAUAACCGACCUUUAUUUUUUUUGGAAAUUAAAUUGAAAAUCAAUAUCUGGAAAAGCUCAUAUAUAUAUAUACCAAGAAACUAAAUCAGCUCAUUUUAGUAUAUGUUGGUCAUUUCGUUACUAAUGCAUUGACCUUGCUUGGUAAAUCUGCUUUAAUGCCGGGCUCAAAAUUUGGCUUUGUGAGGUCACACUGGUGUUUUCUUUAAGCUGGAAGCAGUAGCAUUAACAAAAAUUAACCAUGAUGAUCUUCCGGUCAACGGCUCUGGGUCGUUGACCGGAAGAUCAGGGUUCAAACACCAGCAUGGCCAAGCUGCCACUGUUGGGCCCUUGAGCAAGGCCCGCAACCCUCCCUGCUCCAGGGGCGCUGCAUCACUGCAGACCAUGUGCCAACCCCCAAGGAUGGAAUAUGCAAAGAAUGAAUUUCACUGUGCAGUAAUGUAUAUGUGGCAGAUAAAGACAACUUAACAAAAAUUCAGCAGCCACCAAAGAUGGCUUGCCUUUAGCCACUGUUGUGACUGUGUUCAUAAAAAGGUUGAGAAACACUAGUCUUGUCAUCGUAUGGAAACGUGAAGAUUGGUAAAAUGACAUUAGGCCUAUGUCCAAUUACACUGUCCAAUUUUGCCUACCGUAGCCUGAGAUUCCUGUUCUUGGUUCUUCUGAGAACCUGAUGUGGUCUUCUGCUGUUGUACCCCAAGAAACUGAGAUGUUGUGCACACUGAGAUGCUUUUUCUGCUCACCAAGGUUGAAGAAAAGUCAUUAUUUCAGGGGUUGAGAGACAUUUCUUGUCCUGUCUAUCAGAGAAAGAGGAUGCUUUAUAGACACGAUCAAGCUUCCAUUUGACCUCUUGCUCUAGACACUGGCACUGGUGCCACUGGAUAAUUAUACAUCAUUAUGCAUAAUUAUGGGGCAGGUCUGUAUGAGCGAUGUCUAUCACUUCCCAUGGGUUUUCGAGCAAAUGUGAAACAUGAAAAGGAGUUGACUAAAGCGGUUGAACAAGCAGUGACUAGGUGGCUGAAAUAGAAAUAUGUAAAUAAAAAAUAAAUAAAUAACAAUAAAGAGAAGAAGAAGAAGAAGAAGAAGAAACAGAUACAUGAGAUCAGAGUCAGAAAGUAAGAAACGUUCAGAAUCAGAAUUUGUUAAAGAAAUGGAGCAAAUUCAACAUAAUAAUUAAAUAUAUCAAUCAGCACAUCCACAUUUACACCAUAUACUUAUACUUACACCAAACUGAGAGUGGAAUCUGCCAGUAGAACUCAAGCUUAUAUUACACGGUAUACUAUGACUAGGGCCUCUUGAUAAUAACAGUAUAUUCAAUUCAGUUGUAUUUGUAUUCUUCUAUUAACAGUAUUACAGCAGUAUUACAGAAAUAUAUCAAUUCGGAAUAUAAUUUAUACAAUUUAUGUUUAUGCCAAAAGCCAGAUGCUAUGGUGGCAAGGAAAAACUCCCUGAAAUGAUGUAAGGGAAAAACCUUGAGAGGAACCAGACUCAAAAGGAAACCGAUCAUCAUCUGGGUGACACUGAGAUCAUAGUGUGAUUAUAAACACUACUACUAUACUAUACUAUACUAUACUAUACUAUACUAUACUAUACUAUACUACUAUACUGUAUAAUAUAUGGUCAAAAAGUGUCUUUGUGUUAAAACUACAAUGAAUUUCCUCACGUUCACUUGCUAUCCAAGUCUAUAUCUGUCUCAGUAUAUAGAUUCCACCCCUGGUUACUUAUAAUAAUAACUUCAUAAUAAUAAAUAAAUUAAUGAAUAAUAAAUAUAAGUUUGUAAUUCUGGAAGAUUGUCGUUAAUAGCUGAUAAAUAUCUAUCUAAUAUCGCAUUUAUGAUGUUAAUACACUCUUAUACUGGCUAGCUGACUAACUGUUUUAUGUUGGUCAUGCAAUUGCUUUGAAAUUGGUUUUAUAUUUAUCAUUUAUUAUAUUAACAUGAUCUAAUGUAAUAACCUAAGACAAGCUAAAGAAGACUAUUGUAAUAAAUUAAAUAAAUUAUUAUAAAGUGUAAAGAGUAAAGUGCUUAUAAUUUCAUUUAUUCUAUAUGAACCAAAUGACAGAAAAUUGAUUAAUGUAAAAAAAAUAUUUUUAUAAAACCCAGUGAAAAUAUUACAAGCUGACUACAUCUGUACAAUUCAGUCGCUUGGAUGCGGCUAGGUUUUAAUCGUUUCUUAUAUGUGUGGCUUAAAUGAGCAGCAUUCUAUAUACCUGAAUGAAUUGCAUUUACACUCUGGUCUCAAGUGUAUUUUAUAACUGAGUGAGAUUUACAGACUGUAAGCCUAUUAGACCCGGUCAACUGAUUGCACAGUGGCUCCUUAAAAUAGACCAUAAUAGCAUAUAAUAGGAAAAAAACUCCUGCGUCACACAAACUACCCUGACACAUGAAUGUCUUUAUAGUAGGGAUCAGUGAAAUGCUUUUCAUUGCACUUCAAUUGAAAUGAAAUGACACGUGAAAGUGAAAACAUCUGGACGCAAUUAAAAUGAAAUGCUGUAGGUGUUCUAUGGCAGCUGUGUUGGACAAGCCUGCACUGUGGGUCAGAAUAAAUGUUUUGGGUUGCCUCAAUUUCCUCUCUAUGUUAUAAAUUGCCCCCUUUUUCCAGAUUAGAAAACUAUACACUUCCUCAGCUGUUUAUUUAUCAGUAUCAAAAUAAAUCAUUAUCAGAAUAAAUACAGGAAAUUAACAAGUAGCUAUGGACAGAAAUCUGUAUUGAGUAUUUUGUCCUAAUAAUAGCAAAAUAAAUUCAAAUUUAUUUUCAUUGUAAGUUAAAAUUUCUGUGCGAUUGAGUUUACGCAAGUCUCCAGUCGCUGUACUAUGAAGUCGCCAGUUGGCGUUCCUACUACUGUUUUCCGCAUUUAUCAUAGUAACAGCAUUUAUCAUUGGGUGGAGCAACUAGCGUCCCAAAUGACAACAAAUCAGUUUUCUUGCCAUUAAAUUCAAACAUUCUGGAGCGAGAUCUGUCAUUUUGUCAUUUGUGUAUAAAAUUGUGUGCUCGGGUCUCUGUAUGUGUGAAUGUAGCAUGAAUUGGGCUUCUGUACUGUAAGUGCUGUGUUUCAAAUGAAUAAAUUAUGUACCAAAAGUUGCCGACAAACCCAUACAUAUUUAAAUGAUCGCUUAUGAUCAUUGUGUCUAGCAAUAUGUGAAAUAUGACUCUCUUGAUUCUUAUCAAAAUAUAUUCAUUAAUGUCAGUUAAAUCAUUAGUUUACUGUUGAUUUCUUGAAUCUGAUGGGUCAGUGUGUUUUCAUUCAUUUUCUAUAACAAAAGCUUUGGAAGUAUGGCCUGGAUGGGUUUACGUUAAUGCUCUCAUUCUUAAGCAUUAUCGUUUCUAUGGUAAUAAUUGAUUAGUUAAUAAGAGAGGCUGAAUAUAGCUGCUAAAACAUGACAGGAAGUAAUAUUAAAUCUAAUAAAGUGUAAUUGGGUCCUUAAUUUAAUUUUUGGACAAUUCCUGAAUUCUAUGAAGGAUAGGACACUCAAGGAUCUGCAGGUAUAAGAAAAUAAUUAAGGUACCAGAUUCUUCAUGGUAAAAGUAAUUCUACUCUAAUUCUAAUUCUACUUUAAUGCCUUAUUUAAUGUAUUGUGUAUGUUUGAGUGCAAUGCAGUUUGGUUUGAGUUUUUAGUUUAGUCCAAUAUAGUCUGAUAAAAACAAAUGUGACUUACAUUUAAACUUAAAUUAUUCUCUCAGUCCAAAAUGGAAGGCUUGGACCAGCACAGAAGCCAAAAAAAAGAAAAAAGAAAAGUACACAAACAGAGCAAGAAAGAGUGGCGCUUGGUUUGGGUGAAAAAGAGGGUGGAGAUGUACAGAAAACGAUAGCACAGUUGUGUAUACUCAGGGAGCAAUAUAAACAGGAGAUGCUGGAGUGAUAAGAAAAUUAAGGAAAAGGGCGCAACUCAAAUAAACACGGAACGAUGCCCAUAUAGACCGUCGGUUCAGAAAGCUACUCAAACACAGUUACUGAAGAGUGGAGGACACACAUGCUGGUGGCUGAGGGUUAGCUUCAGAGGUUCGAAGCUACACAACAGUCUGGAGAAUGUUUAAGAAAGGAUAUCAUACAAGAAGAUCCUUGCUUUCUAAAAACAAUGUGGACUGGAUAUCUGACUAAGCAGAUUUGAUUUGUGGACAUCGGCUUAGUAUUUGGAUGAAGAUUUCUCCGGAAACUUCUGGAAACUGGUUAGGCUUGGAUUGUUAUUUGAACACUUUAAAGUGAUUUUUGGAUGGUGUCUAGAAGAAUUAAGCUAACACUUGGAUGUCUUAAGAUGAAGUAAUGAAGUAGUUUUUUGAAAACAGAAAUGUUUACACCACUGGAAAUGAAUCUAUAAACAGGACUAAAAGCAACUCUGGCUUGUCAUAAUUACAGAUGAUUUAAAAGUUUGUCGUGACUUUGCCAAGUAACACCAAUGAAACAGUUUGAAUACUCCAAUUCUGAGCAAUCCUGGCCUUCUUUUGUCAACCGCACUCCUCGACUACAGCUCAACACUUUAGAUUUUUCUGAUUUGUGGGAUGAAGAAGAUCUUGACCUCGGUAUUGCCGAUGAUGAUCCUCUGCAAAGUUCCAAUGUACCGCCCACACAAAACCCAGGCCACCGUUCAAAUCCUCCAGCACCUCCGCAAGCACCACCACUGGCCCCUCCUCUUCCUCCUCCUUUAUCUCCUCAGGUGAAUCUGUUGGCUUCGGGAUCGGCCCGUCGAACCCUGAGGCUCCACUGGAAGGAGUUGUUGAGUUUGCAGCCCCUGCCGAGAGUCAGCCGUUUUGGCUCGCAGUCCAUUUGGGCUGCUUUGGAGCCGGUUCAUCUGGACACCAACAGACUAGAAUAUCUGUUUGAAAGCAAGAGUAACAGUAAUAAAGCUCUUUCUGCUCUGAAGGGUGGAACACGGCAGAAUCAGCUGUGUGUGUCUGUAUUGGGUGUAAAACGGAGUAACAUCAUUACUAUAGCCCUGAGCAGCCUGCCUCCUCCCCAUUUGCUACCUCCAGCUAUCUACAGCAUGGACUCCAGUGUUCUGGACAGGGAAGAUGUACAGAGGCUUCAAUCUCUGAUCCCGACUGAAGAAGAGCUGAAAUUGAUUAAAGAGGCAAAAGCUCAGGCACCGCGAUGUCCUCUGGCUCUUGCUGAGCAAUGUCUCUUCACCAUGGGCAAUGUCACACACCUGAGCUCCAGGCUGCAACUCUGGGCUUUUGCACUAGACUAUGAUACACUGGAGAAGGAAAUUGCUGAGCCUCUCUUUCAUCUCAAGCUUGCAAUGGAGCAGCUGGCGACCAAUCAGACGUUCCACUGUAUACUUGCAACCGUACUCGCCAUUGGUAACUGUCUUAACGGCUGCAAGGCUCGAGGGUUUGAGCUGAGCUACCUGGGGAAGCUCUCGCAGGUAAGGGACACACACAGCCGGCAGCCUCUUCUACAUCACGUGUGCGUGUUACUCCUGCAGCUUUACCCACAAUCCUCGGACCUGUACUCUGACAUCACCGCCGUCACCCGGGCCAGUAAGUGUGAUUACUCGCAAGUUCAGUCCAGUCUCUCUGCACUGGAGUCCCAUUGCAAAGCAUCAUGGGAGCAGCUGCAUGUGCUGAAUAAAGAAGGCGGGAAAAAAGGAGCAGGGCGAGGAGACGGGGACGAGCAGAGGGGCAUUAGCGAGGCAUGCCUCUACCACAGACUUCCACAGUUCCUGAAGGAGUGCAAUGAAAGGCUGAAGGUGCUGAGAGCUGUGCAUCGGCGGGUCAUUAACAGAUUUCACUCAUUCCUCCUCUACCUGGGUUACUCACGCUCCAUGGUGAGGGAGACGAGCGCAGAUGCGUUCUGCAAAAGCGUCAGCGACUUUGCGUUGGAGUACAGAGCUGCUCAUCAUACCAUUCUCCAGCAGAGAGAGAGGGAACGAGAACGGGAGCAGCGAGAGAAAGAGGAAGAAAAAAUACGGAAAACUUCCUCUUCUACAGCCAAAGCUAAGCCUGUAGAAAGCCCGGCUCCGGAUUGCAUGGAGCAAUCAGUGCUAGAGGAGGUCCUGAACACACCUACAUCCCCUUCUUGUUUUGACCUCAGUCUCCCACGUCAGCGCAGCAGGACACCAAACACCAGAGGUUGCUUUCCACGAAGACUGAAGUGGUAAAAGAAACAGCUUGGAGUAUCCAAUCUAUUGAACUUGAAACUAGUUUAAUCCACAGCACAAAAAACUAACCUAUACUGAGAAAUACUUGAAAUUGAAACAUUCAAUCCUUCACAGUAAAGCUACAUUUCGUUU